UUGAUGUUGAAACAAUCUGGCAUCACUGAGCCAGCCACAUAAUCUACAUGGCUACAUGUUGUUUCGUUCUUCAAUUCUCGUACAAAGUUUUCUUUUGUGCUACCAUUUGAGACGGCAAAAACCUCGGCUACAUAUAGGCUAGUUUUUAUUUUCUAUUUGUCUAUAUUCCAUUUAUGCGGAAUUCUUUAAACGAUGACCGAUCAGAUACUCCUUCCGGCGUCGAUGACCAAUCUCCCUCGUCGAACCGGAAAAUCCUGCUCGUCCCAUGUCACCAAACGAGGCGAUCUGUACUGUUUAAUGUGUGAGCUAGUCAUUUGCUCGGAAUGUCUGGUUGGUUCUCGGGAACAUCAUCGGCACCCAAUUGAAACCGUAAAAAAUGUCUAUGAGGCGCGAUUCCAGAAAACACGGUCAAAACUGAACACACUCAACCAGCACAUCAUUUCGCUGCGCGAAAAUGUGGAAGAUCGACUUUCGGGACUGGAAAACAUUCGGAAGACCGAAGCUUCAGUUAUGCAACGCUUGGACCGGAUUCUGGCCGACGCCAGGCUUCAAGUUACGGAAAAAUCUAGCAAAUUGGCCAAACAGCUGGAGCCAUUGGUUUUAACUACGCAGCUGAAGGCUCACAACCGGGAUCAAAUCUUGGCAAAAAUUGUCAGCCUCAGUGAAGGAGAAUUUCUGGCGCAGCAAGUCGAGAUCAACCAACAGAUCGAUGGGAUGGCCAGGUCGGUGAACAAAGCUCCAGAUUCGCAUCAGGAAAACGAGAUUAUUACCUGCUCACUGCUUCCAACGAUUUUAACGUGUAUUCGUGAACUCAAAAUUGAAAAACAACGUUCCAUCCAAUUUUUCUGCAUCGAUCGUUAUGGCAUCCGAUGGGACCUACAGAUGAAGCAAGCGGGUAAACUGAUGUUGCUUAUAGAACCAAACAAAAUAGAAACACUGGCCGGUAAUUUCUUGCUCGAAUUGGAAAUUCUAAACAAACUGCCUUUGAAGAAUGUCGUAAUGAAGAUACCCUUUGAGUUGCCAGAUACGUCGUCGCACCUAAUAUCAAAAGCGCUAACAACAGAUUUGCCCCAACUGCAAAGUGCUGGAUUUAUCGAGAAAGAUAAUCUACUGCGAAUAAAAUGCGGUAUCGGACCAGAAGAUCCGGUAACCGAGCGGAGCUGCUAUGAACUGAUGGUAAACAAAUACAAAAAUAAAAUUAGAUCCCUCCGAGAGGAACUGGUCGAGAUGCGGAAGUUUAAUAUCGGCCAUUGUUUUAUGUCCCUUGCUCUAUACGAAUCCAAAAAAAUUGCAAGCCAGCGCUCACCCAAGAUGAAUGAUGAUAACGGAGUUGCAUGGCAGUUGGAAGUAACGAUUAAUGGAAAAAGGAAUAAAGGAUUUAUUGGUACUUUUCUUAUCAAGUGCUCGGCCGGAUAUGAAGGGUGGUACGAUUACUUCAUCGAGUUGGUAAACCCGCAGUCCGAACAAAAGAAUCGGAUCGUUAAAGGAAGUGUCCUGUUCGAAGGGGGCUCGAAUUUGCACCUCGACUUGCCGCAGUUCAUGACAAUCGCAUUCAUAGAUCAGUUCAUGCACAAUGGGAAUCUACAUUUCCGCUUCGGAAUAUAUAAGGAGGAAUAGUACCGGAAUAGAGGGUAUGUCUACACUUGAUUUAAAUGUUAAAUUUGUCAAUAUUAUUGGCUUAUGUUUCAAAAUCCCAAGAAGCUAAUCAUCACAAAAUAUAAUGUGCCUUUAUUAUUUUAUAUUAAUUAAAUUUUUGCUUAUUUGGAAGGCUGAAGCUUUACGGAGACAAAAUCAAAUUUUUAAUACAUUUCUUGAUUCUUAUUCAAUAAAAUAA